GUUUCUCUCUUCUUUUUGUUUUCUUUUUCUUAUUAAUAAAUCUAGCUAUUGAUGUGAGUGUGCCUGCUUGAGAGCGAGAGGAGAUGGCCAAGGCGGGGGAAGUGGCGUGAAAAGCCCAAGUGGCGAGCGGGGUCUCCCUGAGAAGAGGGCAAUAUGGCCCGCCACGGCCCCCAGUAUGUUUCUGGAGAUUUUACUCCUGAUGAGUUCAAUCAGUUUUUGGUGACUCCUUGUUCUUCUAUCGAGCUUCCGCCAUAUAAUUAAACAAUUUUGUGUGACACUGAAACCCCAGAGGAACGGCAUGAUGUUCUCAGUGUCACAGGAGAAGAGUAUCAACGAAUUGAGUUUGGUGUUACUGAAGUUAUUGAACAAGAUGAAUCUUUACUGAAUACCACUGACUACAGUCAUUCAAGCACACUGAAUCCUCAGGCCCCAAAAUUUAUUCUUGGUUGCACAACUUCCAAAAAGAACCAUGAUGACAUACAUAAUGCAACCAACUACAACUCUAUCAACUACCAGUUCACAAGCCCUGUGCUUGCUUUGGAUAAUGGUUCUAAUGCCGAAGCUGAAAAUAUAGAAAAUGGCAGCCUUUCUGGCAGCCUUGGACAAAGGGAACAUACAAAGAAGAACAAAAGGCCAUUUGGAUACUACAGUUAUUUGAAAGAUGGCAGUGAUCAUAUCCCUACAGAAGCCCUUGUAAAUGGUCAUGCAGAUUCAUCAGUACUGAACAGUAUAAGCACAGAGGAUAUAGAAUUUAUGAGAAAUAUACCAUCAUCAGCUAGACCAAGGACUUGUAAUAGCCCUGAAAAUUCCGUGAACUUCAUCAGUGACACUGUGACUGAUGAUUCUUUUCCUAGAGCACUAGACAAUACCAGUACUGCAGGGCAGCCUGAGGUAUGCCAUGUUACUAAUUUUGAACAGUCUUGCAUCCCUUCAGAGGCUGGCAGGAGUAGCCCAUUAAAGACAGCUGUUGCACAGCCUUAUUCUGGUGCUACUGAAAAUCUUGGUGUUGCUAAUGGACAAACACUUGAAUCCUCUGUUGAGGGCCCAGCUGCCAAUGGGGUAGAAUUGUACACUGUGGAAAGCACUGACUCAGAUCCAGCUAAGCAUGACAAUGCCUCACCUACUGCUGAAGUCAGAACCCCUGUUACAGGAUCAAUUUCUGUUAAUCAACCUGCUAAAUCUUGGGCUAGCCUUUUUCACAAUUCUAAGCCCUCUGCUUCCACACCUGUGGCUUAUGUUGAAACUAAAUAUUCCCCUCCUGCCACAUCUGCUCUGGUCCCUGAAAAACAAGUUGAAGUCAAAGAAGGGCUUGUUCCAGUUUCAGAGGAUCCUGUAGCCAUAAAGAUUGCAGAAUUACUAGAAAAUGUAACGCUAAUGCAUAAACCAGUAUCUUUGCAACCCUGGGGGCUGAUCAAUAAAGGACACUGGUGCUACAUCAAUGCUACACUGCAGGCAUUGGUUGCUUGCCCCCCAAUGUAUCACCUCAUGAAGUUCAUUCCAGUGUAUUCAAAAGUGCAGCGGCCAUGCACAUCAACACCCAUGAUAGACAGUUUUGUUCGACUAAUGAAUGGGUUAACCAAUAUGCCAAUACCUCCAAAAGCCAAACAAGCUCUUGGUGACAAGAUAGUGAGGGAUAUCAGCCCUGGAGCUGCCUUUGAACCUACUUAUAUAUAUAGACUACUGACAGUUAUCAAGUCAGGCCUCUCUGAGAAGGGUCGACAGGAAGAUGCUGAAGAAUAUCCAGAAUUUAUUCUAAAUGGACUACAUGAGGAAAUGCUGAACUUAAAGAAACUUCUUAUACCAAAUAAUGAAAAUUUUUCAGUUUCCAAUGGACCUGACGCACAGUCUGUACAUGAAGAUGAACAGGGACAUGGAGAAGGUAGUGAGGAUAAAUGGGAACAGGUUGGUCCCCAGAACAAAACUUCAGUCACUCGGCAAGCUGACUUUAUUAAGACUCCAAUUACUGGUAUCUUUGGGGGACACCUAAGAUCUGUAGUUUACCAGGAGAGUUCAAAGGAAUCUGCCACUUUGCAGCCAUUUUUUACCUUGCAGUUGGAUAUCCAAUCUGACAAGAUACACACAGUCCGGGAUGCAUUGGAAAGUCUGGUAGCAAGAGAAUCUGUCCAAGGAUAUACCAUAAAAACCAACCAAGAGGUUGAGAUUAGUCGGAGAGUGACCCUGGAAAAGCUCCUCCCCCUUCUUGUUCUGCACCUCAAACGGUUUGUGUAUGAAAAGACUGGUGGAUGUCAAAAGCUUAUCAAGAAUAUCGAGUAUCCUGUGGACUUGGAGAUUAGCAGAGAGCUGCUUUCUCCAGUUGUAAAAAACAAAAAUUUUAAAGGCAGAAACUAUCAUCUUUUUGCAGUGAUCUAUCAUCAUGGAAACAGUGCACCUGGUGGUCAUUAUACUGCAGACGUCUUCCAGAUUGAUCUGAAUGGCUGGUUACAUAUUGAUGACCAGGCAGUUAAAGUGAUUAACCAGUACCAGGUGGUGAAGCCUUCUGCUGAACGCACAGCCUACCUCCUGUACUAUCGCCGAGUUGACCUGCUCUAAAACUUCUUUCUCUGUGCUGUGUGUGCAAGAUACCUGCUUUCUAGAAUACCAACUCUACUAACUUUUUUUCCUCUCUCUAAUGGCUCUUUUGAGUGAAACUUUAUUUCUCCUUUGCAACUAUGGGAUAGAAUGGAAAAGAAAUUUAACUCUCUUGGAGUUUGUGCACAGCAUAGUUUACGCUGAUUUUUAACUUCCUAAUCAAAAUCAUUUGGUUGAAAGACUAUUGCUUGAUUUAAAAAAAUAAAAAAGCCCCUUUAUUUCUGAAUAAUGCUGAUUCCUGUGUUGAUAUAGGGGAUUUGC